AAAAUAAUAAUUUGUCGUCUAAAUUCUCAAGUUCUGGGUUUCUUCUUUCUUCCCUCGUUGCAAUAGCGAAGACCCUGAAAUUGAAAAGCAGCGGGUUUCAGUGACAUGUUUGAUUUCAAUUAUCUCGUUGCAUACUAAACAAUUACACUAAAUCCUUAACUUCCAUUGUUACGAAACGCACACAUCUCGUCUCACUCACAGCUCUCCAAGUUAGGCUUGGACUUAAAGCUACUGUCUGGUCUCACCCACAUUUUCUUGCGGGCACGGAAGGUUUUGUGGAAUUUUUUCGGGCAAACAAACUUUUCCAAAAGAUGGAAGAGGGCAUGGAGUUGCAACUAUCCCUUGACAAGCUGCCGAUCAAGCGCUUGGAUUCCAUUGAAGAAAAUGGAAAUGAACGAUUCCCUUUAGAUGUGGAUUACGAUGAAAAGCGAGUUUCUCUAAUCAGGAGAAUUGACUUCGCUUGGGCCAUUGAGAAGGACGAGGAAAAGAAGAAGCAGAAGAAGAGCUCAAAGGAGACAACACCAUGGCAAUGGCAGGGCAUGGUGGAGAAUUUGCAGUUGGCUCAUCAGGAGCUCUCUGUUAUCAUAGAUUUCAUCAACACUGUGGAAACCAACGAUGCAGUAACUGUGGCUAGCAUGACAAGGCCAAAAUCAUUACCAAAUGAAGCUUUGUCCGACCUUGCUGUAUCUGCAGCCACCAAGCUUCAAUGCUACCGUCAAGUUGGGAAAUAUUUCAAGCAAUCUGCCAAGGCUUUUGAACAGCAGGUUGCUCGGGAAGCUAGGUUUUAUGGUGCCCUUAUCAGGUUGCAGCAAAACUGGAAAGUAAAACGGCAACGGCAGACAUCUUUAGUUCCAGGGAAUGAAGGCUUCACUUUUGAUCUCUUUGAUAACUCAUAUGACCAAGGGGCUAUUGUUCGGUCUUCGUCUAUGUCCACUGUUCGUGUCAAUCACGAUGCAGCUGGGAUGCUGGCAAUAAAUGUGUCUCCUGAGUUAUGUCAUUCUCUCCAAUUUGGUUUUGUCAGUGCACAGCCAGAUGAUAUGCAGAAGAAAUCAAAUGAAAACCAAUCCCACUUACUUGGUGAAGAUUGCUUGGGAGAAACUGGCAUAGAAUCUUCCAGUGAUGAGGAGUGUGUGAAGAAAACACAUUCUCUCCUUCGUGAUGUACAUCAAGCAAUUUUCAAUGAGCAGGUGUUUGAUCUGGUGAAUCGCGAAGCAUUUAACACAUCUACCGGUUUCACUCUGACAGGAAUAAGGGAAAAUUAUUUACAAUUAAGUUUAGGUCAAGGAACCUCUGUGUACUUAUCACUAGUGUCCACUGGUCAAGAUAAUCCUACAGUUGAAGGUGAACUUACCAAUAAUGCAGAUGAUAAUGCAUUUUCACCUUUGGAAUCAUCUGACGUAUUGAUGCAUGAUGCCCAACAGAACACCCUUAAGAAGAAAGGGCGGCAUUCUAAUUCUACCUGUUAUGAGAUAUAUAUUCAACAGAUUUAUCACGAGCAUAUAUUUGGACGAGGCAGCGAAAAACCAAUUUCCUCUGGUAAUCGUUUAUCUGGUGCACAGGCAAAAGAUGGAUCAUAUCUUCUUAGUCAUUUUUUUAUGUCUUUGGCUCAUAGGAUCUUUUCGACUAAAAUUCUCGCAGAGCUGGAAAAUGUGGUCUUCAAGGUCCCAUAUCUCCAACUGAUUUCCAAUCCCACAUGGCAUUCUCGGGGGUCAUCAUGGACCCUAUUCAUGGAGGUUCCUCCCUCUAUUCUUCGCGGUUGCCAAGUCAAAACAUCAGAUUUUGAAAAUAAUGCUAUCAAGCGUCAGUUUUGGACUAAGGUCGUGGUAAUCGAUGAUUGCAUCAGUGUUAAAGCAGAAGGUUCUCCUAAUGUGUCUGGUCUGUUCAAGGGAAAGUCUGAGGAUACCCACUCAAUAAACAAAUAUGAUUGCAACUUAGCUGAUCUUCCUGUAAUUAUUUUGCAGCAGGUGGCUAGCCAAAUUAUUAAUUGGCUAUAUCAUGAAGCUCUUAUGGUUGGGAUAAAGGCAAACCGGGACUUUUUAUGCUUGUCAUUUGAGCUGGAGCAGGGUGAAACACUGGGCCUGGUUGCAAAUGUGGACCCAAAAGAUAGUGAUGGUUGUAUAUCUUGGUCGUUGGUCAUGGAGGAUAGUUUUGCGGAGGUGCAAAAGCUUCAUACCAACCUCACCGAUGGUGCAUCUGAAUAUAGGAAAUUCCUAGGUCCCUUGUCUCUUGAGCUGUUAUAUGCUACCCUAAUAGACUUGAUUGCCUUUGUUAGCGGCGGUGGCGGUGGCCAAUGAAGUUGUAUAUACUCUCUUCGGCCUCAAAUACAUAGACUUUUUUGCCUAUACAUUUGAGUUGGAGGCUGUAUGAAUGUAUGUAUGUUUUUUCUUGCGUUGUCAAGUUAAAGAUCUUCGAGGUCUUUGGGCAACAAUCAAACAUAACCAUAUAUUUACUUUUUUAUUUAUUAAAAUUUCUCAUUCUUCGCAUCAACUAUACUAUUCAUC